UCACCAUCCCGCCUCUCGUCCCUCCGCACCACCACCUCCCUCCCCCACAAACCCUCCCUUCUCCCCCUCCAAAGCAGAAUUGGAAUCGCAUCCCGUCCGCCAGCGCCUGAGUCUGCUCCACUCCGACCCCGACACUACCCCCGAGAGCAGCGCGCCUGCGAUCUCCCUCGAGCUUGAUUCUUGGCCUAAGCCGCCGGCAGGAUCUGCGCAGACGAUUGAAGAGGAAGGACACAGCGAGAGUGAAGCGAUCGACAUGGCUGAUUCUGAGAUUCAAAAGGGCGAUGCUGCCUCCUACUCCUGGGGUGGAGAUAAGAAGGGCGGCACCGUGACCGAGGUUUCGAAAGAUGACAAGGUCGAGAUGGAGACUGCGCGCGGCAAUACUGUCACCAAGGAAGCCAAGGAAGGCGAUCCUGCUGUCCGCCUCGAGCGCGAGGGUCACGAUGUCGUGAAGAAUGUUUCGGAGUUGACAAAGGAGUCGGCUGGCGACACGCACAAUGAGGGCAAGGGGCAGGUUACGGUUGGGGAAGCCAAUGGUGAAAAGGCGGAGGAGAAGAAGGAGGAGAAGGCGGAGGAGAAGAAAGAGGAGAAAGCUGAAGAGAAACCUGCUCAGGUCGAGGAGAAGGCCGAGGAGAAGAAGGAAGCUCCCGAAGCGACGCCCUCGACCACCACUGGAGAGAAGCGCUCUGCCGAUGUGGCUCACGGAUCGGCCCAGGAGAACGGCGAACAGCCGGCGAAGAAGAAGAGCAAGGAAGGCACCAUGUCGAACUUGAAGAAGGAGGUCAAGAAGCGCAUGCCCAAGAAGGCUGCCACCGAGUCCGGCGAGCCGAGGCGCUCGGGUCGCGUGGCUUCCAAGGGCUCAUAGAUAUCUAUGCUCGUCCGUGACAUGAUGCGAGUGGCAGUUUCAAAGGGCUUUUAUGGACGACACCCGGGGCGCAUAGGCCGGUGGUGGUAUGAAAAACCGCAAUGACGGGAGGGGUCCUUUGCGAUUGUUUCCGAAUUGAUUGCUUUCCAAGCUGUCAAUGUGUAACAUAGACGAGGUUCAGGAUGCGUGAUAUUGAUGACAACAUGUUGUGCCGGACUCUACGCGGCAACAAAUCAAUUACCGGCUAUUUCUUGCGAGCCGCCAUCCAUGGAGUCCUGGUCUUAUCAGGAAUGCGUAGAUGUGCCUCAUCA